GGUCGCUCUUAAUUAGUUGUGCGAUAUAAUUCUAGCCAAGCGGUUUGCUGGAGGAACCGACGGGAAGCGCAAAAUCAAAUCGAAAUAGCCGGAAUUCGAUAUCCGCACGUUGCGCAUACGCCGUGUACCCCAAGCGAUGCGAGUGUCGGAACAAAUCAGAAAGCCAGCAUUAAAUAAAUGCUAAGACACCUGUUUCCCGCAGGCGCACUACGUUACGCUAUUUUUUUCCGUUUUGUUUUUUGAACUUGGCCAAAGGUUUGGCUGUAAGUGUAAAUAAUGUUGAAAAAAGUCGGCCCUUUGCUAGGCCUAUUCGUAUUACUAUUUGGCAGCCUCGCAACGAGUACCCACGCAACAGCCGGCAAUGAGAGUAACUUUCUGGAGGCAUCCCUGAGAUACUUCGAUGAGCAGCUGUUGUACGACAUACUGCCGCGUUCCUCGUGCCCGGGCGACAAUGAGACCUCCCCGAUGGACGAGUUCUCCGACCUCUUCACAGUGGAACAACUGCGACAGGGGUGGGUGGUGCUUCAUGUCUUUGCCGCGAUAUACUUCUUUAUACUGCUGGCCAUAAUAUGCAACGACUACUUCCUGCCCACGGUGGAGUGCAUCUGCGAGGACCUGCACCUGUCCAAGGAUGUGGCGGCGGCCACCUUUAUGGCCACGGCCACAUCGAUGCCGGAGUUCUUCACCAACACCAUCAGCACCCUGAUUCUGGAGUCGGACAUGGGGCUGGGCACGAUCAUCGGCUCGCUCAUGUUCAACACCUUGGGCGUGGCUGGUCUGGCGGCGCUGUCCAUUGACAAGCCGGUUCAGCUGGACUGGUGGCCAAUAGCGAGGGACUGCUUCAUCUACAUAUUCAACACGAUAAUCCUGCUGGUACUGGCCUGGGGCGGCAGCAUCAGCUUCGUCGAGUCCUGCAUCAUGAUGGGCUUUCUGGUGCUCUACUAUCUGAUCACCUUCAACAAUAAUAAGUUCAUGCCAGCCAUUCGCGUAUUCAUAGAGGAUCGCAUGAACUGCUGCUUCUCCACGCGCUAUGAUCUGACGGAACCUCCGGAGAACAGUGCCAAGGCACAGCUUCCUCUGAAAAAGGAUCCCCUUUCGGGCGACGGCCUCUUCGUGGUAAACUUGCCCGAGAACACCUCAUCCAUAUCCUCCACCGCGAAUCUGACUCACUCGAAGCAUUGGAACGGCGAUGACAGCGAUGAAGACGAUAUGCCGAAAAGCAUCUACGCCUAUCCUCACGACGCCUCCCGCUUCAUGAAGUGCUGGUGGAUCUUCGUUUUCCCCAUUAAGUUCACCCUCUCGUGGCUGAUCCCGCAUCCGAUGAAGCAUCGCCGCCUCUACCCACUCUCCUUCAUCAUGUGCAUCCUCUGCAUCGGUGGCAAUGCCUACCUGAUUGUCUGGAUGCUGACGGCUUUCGGAGUGGCCAUCCAUGUACCCACUAUAGUAAUGGGUCUGACCUUCCUGGCCGCCGGCUCCACCAUGCCGGAGGCCGUCUCCAGCCUGAUAUCUCUUAGGAACGGUGAAAGCGGAAUCGGAGUCUCAAACUCGCUCGGCGCCAACUCGCUGGCCAUUCUGCUGUCCCUUGGCGUGCCCUGGUUCAUCAAGAACUGCAUGAACUAUGGAAGUGGGGAGCCGCAGCAGGUCGGCACCCAGGGCAUCGAGUACAAUAUCAUGAUACUAAUCGUUUCAACCGUGGCCCUCUUCGUAAUACUCAGCUUCAGUGGCUACCGCUUGACCAAGCGGGUGGGGGUCGCUCUCUUCGCCGUCUAUGGCGUGUUCAUCGUUCUCCAGAUUCUGAUCGAGAUGAAUGUGUUCUUCCCCAGGGACUGCAGUAGCUAGUGGUGGGUGGGUGCAUGGUUGGGUCCGUCUGUGGCAGGUGCUUCUGGUGCUGGCAUCAGCAGAAAACCACAUUCAAAAUGCAAUUUGUAUAGGAGUUUUUUUUGUUACGUUAUCGUUGAUUUCUUGUUUUCUAUUUCAUGCAUUGAUUUUUGCUCAAGACUGUCUUUAGGGUUAAAAACAACGAGUGCAGGAGGAAAGCUUCAAUGGAAUGAAUGGAAAUCAUAAGCUCUGCAAUUUUCUAUUUAUUUUCCCGUGUAUACAUACACAUACAUAUGUACAUACAUGCCUAUGUACAUAUAUAUUUAUACUUGUUUGUUUGUAAAUAUUUUUGUGUGUAUAGUCGCAUAGUUGUAGGCAUAUAACGAGGACGAUUCACAAAUGUUACCACUGAACUGUUACCAAAGCCCAAAACGAGAUACUAGGAAUUAAGCGAAGAAAGGGAAGCCCUCGAAACCAAUCAAACCAAACUUAAUAGCCACAUACUAUCUACUCUAGAUGGUCUUCUGACUUAGUGCCCCACGAUAUUUCCAGUCUGCAGCCUGGGCUCCGGGGAGCUCUGUCAUACUUCUGUUGAUAUUGCGCUAAUAAGUGUUUAAUACGAGCACUAGCAACUAAUGUUAGCGUUACAUGAAACCCUUGAUACCACUGUUAUUAAUUUAUAAAUAAAUUCUAAGAACAAUUUUA